ACCAAUUACUGUUUUUGAAAUCAGUGCUGGACACAAACGCAACAGAAAAUAGUCUCGAAGAGGCAAGUCAAGAAAAUAAAAGUGCAAGAUCUUCUGAUCUUGAGACUCAACAGUCUGCAUCAAAGUCGCUUAGAACAAAAAGGAAGAAAAAAAUACCAAACGAAGAAUCCGAUACAGACCCUCUAAUUUCAGUUCUGCAUAAGACCAUAGCGACUACACAGAAUGAUUCAAAUUGUGACAGACUGUUUCUUUUAUCCCUCCUCGAAAGAUUUCAAACAAUCCCUGCUGCAAUGAAGACCAAAGCGAAAAUGGAAAUCAUGGAAAUUAUAGAAAAAUACCAACCGAACUGUACACCUACAACAGCGCGCAUAAACUAUUCAAGUAAUUUCAAUACUCUUAACGACCAAGAAUAUGACCCUAAUCGACCGAGUUAUUCAGGUUAUUCUACUACCAACAGGAUAUCAGAUGAUUCAAAUUACAGCGAUAAUCAUACUCAUUAUUCUGAUAUUUCUCAAAAUUCAGAAAUGAUAGACCUAUUUCCCAAUUUCAAUGAUUAAUUUUUCACAAUUGCCAUUUUUUAAGUUAUGAAAAUACAAAUAAUUUGAUUAUCUACUUCAGUUUUUUAAUAUUUAAAAACAUGUUAUAAGCAAGCCCUUUUCCUCUCCUUUUCAAAGUCGUAAAAUAGAAUACUACUGAACAAUAGUUCAUAAAUUUUUUAAAGUGGCAAAACCUUGGUCAAUGAAUUUUACAGGUUGUUGUGAAAAACACAACAGUGGUGGUUUAGGGCGAUUCAGAAACGAGUCUUGUAUAAUUCAAAUUUACAAAAAAUCCAUUUAGCAGUUUAAGUAAAAAAAGGCCCUAUCACAUUAUUUUUAUUUUUCCUGUACACAAUACUCCAUUCCGAAACACCCUUUAAAAUAUAUCACGUAUUUUUUAAACAUUCUGUAUUUAAAAAAGAAAAAGCUUACCUUAUUGUUAUUACUAAUUUUUCUUCUGCUGGAAUGCAUUUCCGAUAGUUGUUACCAGUUCCAGUAAUUUUUGGUUUUAUUGUAUCCAGUAACAGGUUAAAAGUAUUCGUUGACAUUUUCAUGUAAUUAAAGAAUCUCUUCUCAUACAUUUUUAAAUCCAAAAAAUAAGUAUAAUAUAAUCCUUUAGUCUUUCUCUCGCAAAGUAAUGGAUGCACCCAAAACUGUCUUUUACGUGAAAUCUUCCGUUUUCGUUUUCGUAGUAAAUACACAAGCACAGUUAGCGUGAUUAUCUUCUGCACGUCCAUCUUGACACACCCUUGGAAGUCGACUGCAAAUUUUUCGGCCGUCCACAUGUCGCGCUUGCCUACGCAACGGCGAGUAUGAAAUCGCCACAGAGCGCGCGCACCUGGUCGCACGCGACCAGCGGCCACACUUAGCCGCAGCGGCCAGCGAGAUCGGAGCGGCGCGUUUGCGGCCAGUGUUCAGUCGCUGGUCGCUGCGGCCACUGAGAUCUAUAGUAUUGUAGUAAAAUCACCAGUGUGCGCGCACUAGCCAUGGCGGCCGCACGUGUUGUAGAGCUACAGCGUGAUUUGUAAUUAUCGCGAUCAGGGAUGUUGCGAAUAUUCGCAUCCGCAUCCGCAUAUGCGGAACAUCCGCAUCGAAUUAGACAUCCGCAUCUGCAUCCGCAUCCGCAUAAACCAAUGCGGAGGUGAUGCGGAUGCGAAUGUGUAGCAGGUCGCGACAAGAAAGAAAAGGGAGGGGCGUGUGACGCCGCACCGCACGUGCUCAUUGGCCAAUAGGAUAGCAAUAAUUUUGUUUUGAUUGGACAUCGGUGCAUCGGCGACGGAGACGCGCGUGCCUCGCUCGCUAUUGUUUGUUGUGAUUUGGUUUUGAAUGUGACAAGAUUUGACGCGCACGUUUGUUUUUACUGUAUUUUAUUAGGAAGUGUUACCGCAUACAACAUUUUACGCUAUAGUGAGUGGCGCUGACGGAAUGGAAUAUCUCAAGUGAUCAAGUGCAUUGCAUGAUUCGAGACGAAGGCUCCAAUAUGAAAAGGGCGAUGCGAUUGGCAAAAUUCCAAGACUUGGAUUGUGCAAUUCAUAUGAUGCAACUUGCUAUCCGAAGUUGUUUAAACUCACAAGAAAAUAUAAAGGGUACCAAACAAAAAUGUAAAAAAAUAUCCAUGCAUUUUAACCAUUCUACUAUAGCCCAAACACAACUGCACAAAAUCCAGGACAGGCUCAACCAACCAAAUCUCAAAGUUUUUCAAGAUUGUGUCACACGAUGGAAUAGUACUUUUUAUAUGUUAGACCGUUUUUUGAAAGUAAAAGAUGCCUUAAGCCUUUACAUAAAUGACAGCGAGAUUGACCUUAUUUUACCAGAAGAGUGGAAGAUCAUAGAAUGUUUGGUUGAUCUGUUGAAACCUUUUGAAGAAGCCACACGUGAACUUAGCAGUUCUCAAACUCUCAUUUCAUCAGUGAUUUCAAUAAUUCGAAUGCUUACGCAAAAAGUUAGUGACUACUUGGCAGCUACACCGGUGUCUCCAAUUUACCAUGCAGCCACAACUUUAAAAGCUGAAAUUUCAGGAAAAUUUUCCACCUUGUUGGAAGAGGAUAACUUAUAUGUCAUAGCCACUUACUUAGAUCCUCGCUAUAAGAACAAAUUUUUUACAUCAGUAUCCGAGGAAAGGAUUAAAGAGGAAAUAUUGAAAAUUUGCAGAAACACCCAAGACAUUUUGGUUUCUCGGUCAAUAUCUCCAAGAGUGAAGAAAAUGAGAAUGACAGAUUCCAUGGAAAUAGAUACGGAACAACCAGGGACCUCAGGUACAAGGCGUAAAUCCUGUUUAAUCAGUGAUCUUGCCAAGAUGCUUGAUUCAUCAAGUGACGAUGAGAGUUGGGAAACACCAGAAAUUGUCAGCCCUGACGCAAUGCUCAAGAAAGAGUUACAUAGUUUCCGCAAUAAGAAGCGAAUCAGCUUAAACGAGAAUCCUCUUAAAUGGUGGAGUGUUAAUCAAUGCGAGUUAAAACUGCUGUCUCAAAUAGCACGCAAAUUUUUAUCAGCUCCACCAGCCAGUGUUCCAAGUGAACAAUUAUUUAGUGAAGCAGGAUUAAUAUACACACCCUUGCGAAACAGACUGGAGUCCGAAAAGGCGGCCAUUCUACUUUUUAUUAAAUACAAUGCUCCUUUAUUUAAAUUUGAUUAUUAAUCAAAAUAAUUAAGCCGAUUCUCUCACAACUUUUUUAUGAAACUGUGAAUUGUGAAACACCGCAAGUAUGCCGCUGUCUUCACACCUAUUGUUAUUUAAUUGUGUCUGUAAUUACGAUACUUGAAAGGUUAAAUAAAGAUAGAAUAAAUAUUACUGUUUUUUUUACCCUAACAAACCCACAGAUAAGUUUUUUGUACAGAUCCGCAUCCGCAUCCGCGGAUGUGAGUCAUCGCACCGU